AAUGGUAGAAAUGGAGGAUUCAGAGGAUGACAAUCUUGCUACAUCUGGAAGAGAAAUGAACAGGAACAUCCUGGACUUCACUUUCAUUUCCAGCAAACCUCCAGUUGAAUACAGUUAUCAGAGGCGAUGACCAAUAUAACAUGGUUUUAAUCAACAAGUUCAUCUGCUAUUGAUGCUGAGUUUGAUACAGUCAUUGGACACAUAGAAGAUAUUAUUAUGGAUGAAGAAUUUCAACAGUUACAGAGAAACUUUAUGGAUAAAUACUACUUAGAAUUUGAGAACACUGAAGAAAACAAGCUUAUUUACACUUCAAUUUUCCAAGAAUAUAUUGACUUGUUAGAGAAGUACAUUGAGCAGCAGUUGAUAGAGAAGAGACCAGCCUUCAAUAUGACUACAUUCAUUACAUCACUACAGCAGCAUAAAGAUGAGAUAUCUGGAGAUAUAUUUGAUAUGUUACUGACUUUCACAGAUUUCCUGGCCUUUAAAGAAAUGUUUCUUGACUACAGGAUGCUUCUCAUCUGUCUCCUGGCGAUUUCAUCGAUCCUCAAGAAAAUAGUGUCUGUGUCCAAGAACAUCAAAAGUGCAAUAAUUGAAAAGCAGAAUAUGGCAGAUGCUGAUAAUCUGAAGAGACGAGAAAUUGUUGGAAAUACUUGGAUCACGCAGCAUCUGUGAGGAUUUGGUUUAACUUUUCUGGUCAACGACCUCAUCAGAAUUUGGACAAAUUGGAGAUGUUUUGAGCAAAGGGUAGGCUGGAAAAAGGGAGUGAAAAAAACAAGACAAGUUGUAAAGCAAUUGAGCUAUCUUAGAGACCAAAGGCAAUGGUGAUAGUGCAAGAAACAGAUAAAGUACUUUAACGGCUACACUACUGCCUGCAAGCAAAACCGUAACAGGCAAAGAAACGGGUUCCAGAGGCAUCUAAUUGAAAGAUGAGGCAUUGUUCCUUGAGCUUAUGUUGAGCUUCGUUGAACAAUACAGUAGGUCAAGGACAGGGAUUUGUGUGUGUAAGCCAGGUGGACAGUUAAAAUGAUAGGCUACUGGAAUUUGGGGCUUAUGCUUGCAGACUGAAUGGAUGUACUCUGCAAAACAGGUCUUACCUGUGAAGAGGAGACUACGUUGUAGGCAGGACAUUGAAAGAAGUAUGUUUGAAUCAUUGCUUCACUUGAAGGGAAGUUUGAGACCUUAGACAGAGAGAGAGGAAGUAAAAGUUGCAUUUGCAACAAACAAAAGUGAAGUCUUGGUCUGGAUAGUAAAGAUGGAGUCACUCAACUUUCUUAUGACAAAAAAGAUGCCAGUAUCUUGUCCAAUGCCAGCAUUUUAAAAAAUUUAUUCGAGGCAUGUGGGCAUUGUGGGCUGGGCCAUCAUUUAUUGCCCCUAGUUGCCCUUGAGAAGGUG